AUGGCUUCUGAUACAGUUUGCGGCGUAACCAAGACCUGGAACCCCAUAGACGAUCCAAAUGUCGAGCAUCCGUUAAUCAGCGACGUAGUGGGUGUUGCAGGAGCAUACGAUCUGGCACAUGGUGGAGCACUAGACCCCAUGAUUACACGAUUAAAAACAAGCAACAAGGACGCUGAGGGUAUAGAUAUCGAGUUACAUGGUGGAAGACACAACGACCUGAAACAGAAAGCCGUCGUGAGCUUUAUAUGUGAUGCUGAGUGGACCGGGAAUGAGGGCUACGAAGAGGACAGAAGGAGAUCGUUGAACAAAAGGAAGGAAGAUGAAGACGACGAUGACGAUGACAACGGCGAUGGCGACGAGAAAGAUCCCAGCGAAAGGUACAAACAAGAUCCCAAAAACGCCAUACAAUUCGUGAGCUAUGGACAGGAAGGAGACGGCAAGGACAAAAUGGACGUUCUACGAUUAACCUGGAAGACAAAAUAUGCCUGCGAGAACGUCGACCACGGCGACGACGAUGCGCCGAAGAAGGCGGGCUGGGGCUUCUUCACCUGGUUUAUCUUGAUAUUAUUCCUCAGUAUCGCCGCAUACCUCGUCUUCGGUUCUUGGCUCAAUUAUAACAGAUACGGUGCUCGAGGCUGGGACCUGCUUCCCCACGGCGACACGAUCCGAGACGUCCCUUACCUAUUCAAGGACUGGUCUAGAAAAGUGGUUGAGACGGUCACGGGCGGUAGUUCAAGAGGAGGGUACAGUGCUGUAUAA